GAAGAGUGUUUCUUAUUUGAGCCUCUAACAGAAACAUGCGCUUUUACUCACUCAUGAGUUCUUUAAUUCUCCUUGUUUUACUCCUCUGUAUCUCAGAUUCUGAGAGCCUGAAGACACUGAAGAAUUUAACUGUUAAAACUGGAGAAUCUCUCACUAUUCCAUGUUUUUAUGAUGGAAAAUACAAAUCAAACCUUAAAUACUGGUGUCAGGGGUAUUACUGGUCCACCUGCCAAAUAGUAGCCUAUACAAACACAAGUGGAAGAACAUCAGUCACUGAUCAUCCAAGCCAGAAUAUGUUUACUGUGGAACUAAAUAGUCUUCAAGACUCUGGAUAUUAUUGGUGUGCUGUGGAAAUUGGUAGGAAAUGGACCCCUGAUGACAGGGAUUAUUUGUACCUAACGGUCAGUGCAGAUCCUGCUGUGACUGUGAUAAACAGCAGAGUGAGUGGUCAGGAAGGGGGCAGCAUCAGUGCCCAGUGUCUCUACAGUGCUGAAUAUAAGAAUAAACAGAAGAAGUGGUGCAGAUUUAAAGACUGGAGCUGCUUCACAGUGGGGAGGACUGACACAUCUCAGAAUUCAGCAGUGCUGGUCAGUGAUGAUAGAAAAGGAUCUGUCAGUGUGGAGAUGAGGGGUCUGCAGAAGAGUGAUGCUGGCUGGUACUGGUUCAGUGCAGGAGAUGUGGGGGUUACUGUUCACCUCACUGUCGCUACUAUAGGUGGAGAUGAGAUGCGAAGUAACAAUGAAGGAUCACAGCUUGAUGACACCACACUGGCUCUCACCAUAAUCAUUGGGCUGUUCCUGCUGCUGACAUUGGUUGGUUUGGUCAUCUGGAAAGUUAAGCAUAAACAAAUAUUAACCGCAAAAGGAGGAAGCAGUGGCUAUUCGGCAAAGCCUGAUGUUGUGUACGCUGAUGUCGUCUUCAGUAGAUGGACACAAAGGAAUCCAAACAAGCUCCCUCAGGCUGGCCAUGAUGACAGGGUCAUCUAUAGCUCAGUGAAAACGUCCCAGUGAAGGGAAACCUGUCAGCAUUUGUAUCACUUAAACAGACAGAACAUACCACAUGGGUGCGUGGCUACCCUGAAAUAGAAUUUGAAGAAGUAUGGGGAAGUGUGUGUGUCAAACACAACUCUGUUCUUUUCAAACAGUUGCACAGAUCUACAGCCAAGGAGGAAUUUACGGCCUUCUUCGUUACAUGAAGUGAACAACCAAUCCGAUUGGACCUUAGUUCAGAAAAACUGCAGACUGCAGUGAAACUGUGCAUUCAGACUGUGUAUAUUUGUGUCAGAACUGGCAGUCAUUUUUUUCCCCAUUUAUAGUGGCUUCAUAUUUGAGGACAAGCUAAUUUGUGUUUUAUGUCAUGCUGUCAAUGGUAUCUGUCCAGCAAUGCCACUUUUUCUAAGAGCACUCAGGUGGAAGGACUCAGGGUCCAGCUAGCAUCAUCUACUUUGUAAUGUGAGUUGACCCCUACUAGUGGUCUUUAACCCAAACAUGUCCAAUGACUAAGUUUAGUUUGAUAAGGAAAGUACAGACCUAGUCUGAAAAAAUACCAGUUAUCCUUUGUUUGUAAAUUUGUUUGUAAAUUUCAUGAUGGACUUAAAAAAGUGACCUAAAAUGAAAAGUUUGGUUCCAUUGACUUCCAUUAAAUGUACUUAUUUUCCAUCACCUGUAAAUCAUUUUGGAGAUACAAGGUUUUCUUCCAACAACCGUGAUAUUUUUGUACUGUAUAUAACUUACUCGGUUUUAUUUUUUUUUAGAUUUUUGAAGCAUUUAAUUACAAAAUAUGGUAUAAUGUUUUAAAAUAUAUUUGUAAAGACUCAAUUUGAGACCCACCUGUCUUCCUUUUUUUAUAUGUAUACUGUUUUGUCCUUUUGUGGCACAGUGGGUAGCACCUUUCACUCACAGUAAGAAGGGCCUGGGUUUGAUUCCCUGGCUGGGUGACCAGGGUCCUUUCUGUGUGGAGUUUCUCCCCGUGUUUCCUCCGGGUACUCUGGUUAUCUUGCAUGGUCCAAACACAUGCACUCCGGCUAAUUGGACAUGCUAAAUAGCCCCUAUGUAUGUAUGUGUGUGUGUGUGUGUGUGUGUGUGUGUGUGUGUGUCUGCCCUGCGAUGGACUGGCAACCUGUCCAGGGUGUAUCCUGCCUUCCGCCCACUGGCAGCUGGGAUAGGCUCCAGCACCCCAGCGACCCAGAAGGAUAAGCAGUUUAGAAAAUGUGUGUGUAUGUGUGUCUUUUUGGCCCUUGGCUCACCUCAAGCAUUGGACUUUGCUACCGCAAGAUAAAAAGUUUGGGCACCACUGAUCUAAUAGAACAAUUCUUUUUUAUUACAUGUAAUUUUCAUACAUGAACUGACAAUCAAAUUUGAAUUUUGUUUUGUCACACUAAAUGGAAUAUGUCGUUUUCUUCUUGGCAAAGGCAGCUGGUGAAUGUCAGAUCAUUAUCGUUUGAGCAGUUUAUUUACACACUUCUGCAGCUUUGCACCCAAAAUGCCUUUGAACUUUCUGAUUUUACAAACCAUCAGUAAAGCUCUCACAAGCUCUCCAACAGCAUUGUAAGAAAAACAGUCUUAAUACAGUCUGGACUCCUUCUCCAGGCUUUCUCCACACAAAUAAGAGUCUAUCAUAAGUUUGAUGUUGUGCUGAGUGUUUCUCUCCGAUCAUUUUGGUAAACAGUUUCUGGAGUACCUAAAGAACUUCAUUAAAGUUUACCUGUGGUUAAAAGG